GCCGCCACGAAGGCCAUGAUGAGGGUUAACGGGGACGAUGACAGUGUUGCAGCCCUGAGCUUCCUCUACGAUUACUACAUGGGCCCCAAGGAGAAGCAAAUACUGUCCUCCAGCACUGGAGGCCGGAACGACCAGGGAAAGAGGUACUACCACGGCAUGGAAUAUGAGACGGACCUCGCCCCCCUUGAAAGCCCCACGCACCUCAUGAAAUUCCUGACUGAGAAUGUGUCUGGGACCCCAGAGUACCUGGAUCUGCUCAAGAAGAAUGACCUGAUGAGCUUGGAAGGGGCUGUAUCCACCCCUGGCAAGGCAACUCCCCUCCCCCCAUGCCCCAGCAAGCUGGAAGCUGGCUCUGUGGACAGCUACCUGUUGCCCACCAGUGAUGUGUAUGAUAACAGCUCCCUCAACUCCUUGUUUGAGAGCAUUCACGGGGCACCACCUACACAGCGCUGGCAGCCAGACAGCACCUUCAAAGAUGAUCCUCAGGAGACGCUGCUCUUUCCAGAUAUCCUGAAAACAUCCCCAGAACCCCCGUGUCCAGAGGACUACCCCAACCCUAAGAGUGACUUUGAGUACACCCUGGGAUCCCCCAAAGCCAUCCACGUCAAGUCGGGAGAGUCACCCAUGGCUUACCUCAACAAGAGCCAGUUCUACCCUGUCACCCUUCGGACCCCAGCAGGUGGCAAAGGCCUUGCCUUGUCCUCCAGCAAAGUCAAGAGUGUGGUGAUGGUCGUCUUUGACAACGAGAAGGUCCCAGUGGAGCAGCUGCGGUUCUGGAAGCACUGGCAUUCCCGGCAGCCUACAGCCAAGCAGCGGGUCAUCGACGUGGCUGACUGCAAAGAAAACUUCAACACCGUGCAGCACAUCGAGGAGGUGGCCUAUAAUGCGCUGUCCUUCAUGUGGAACGUCAAUGAGGAGGCCAAGGUAUUCAUCGGCGUCAACUGCUUGAGCACAGACUUCUCCUCGCAGAAGGGGGUAAAGGGUGUCCCCCUGAACCUACAGAUUGACACCUACGACUGUGGCUCGGGCACUGAGCGCCUAGUACACCGCGCCGUCUGCCAGAUCAAGAUCUUCUGUGACAAGGGAGCCGAGAGGAAAAUGCGGGAUGAUGAGCGGAAGCAGUUCCGGAGGAAAGCCAAGUGCCCCGACUCCAGCAACAGUGGCAUCAAAGGCUGCCUACUGUCUGGCUUCCGGGGCAAUGAGACCACCUACCUGAGACCUGAGACAGACCUGGAGACCCCACCGGUUCUGUUUAUCCCCAACGUGCACUUCUCCAGCCUGCAGCGCCCAGGAGGGAGAGUCCCCUCGGCAGGGCCCAGCAGCUCCAACAGGCUGCCUCUGAAGCGUACCUGCUCCCCCUUCUCUGAGGACUUUGAGCCUCUGCCUUCCAAGCAGCCCAAGGAAGAUGAUCUUCAGAGAGUUCUGUUGUACGUGCGGAGGGAGACUGAGGAGGUGUUUGAUGCCCUCAUGUUGAAGACGCCAGACCUGAAGGGGCUGAGGAAUGCGAUCUCUGAGAAGUACGGGUUCCCUGAAGAGAACAUUUACAAAGUCUACAAGAAAUGCAAGCGAGGAAUCCUGGUCAACAUGGACAACAACAUCAUUCAGCAUUACAGCAACCACGUCGCCUUCCUGCUGGACAUGGGGGAACUUGAUGGGAAGAUUCAGAUCAUCCUUAAGGAGUUGUAA